GAGUCCCGUGACCGCCGUCUCUAGAAACACCGCGACGUGUGCGCAUUCAAGAUAACUAGUUAACUGGACAAGUCUGUUUCUAAGCAAUUGAUAAUCUGGAUAAUAGCUCAACCCCCUUAGUUGUGGAGUCUGGAGAAAUUAGGCUCGUAGACCGGGGUUCACAUCAAAAGGGCGCCCCUCUGACAUCUUAAAGUGAAUCCAGAAAGUCGCAAGGCCGUACACUGUUGCCCAGUUGGCAGUCGAAACCGCGUGUUGAAUAAUUAAAGCACCAUCUGUGAACUUCAUCGCCAACAAUGCCUCUGUUCACUGAGUAUUCCUUUUCAUCUCGCGAGUUGAGAGUUCUCCCUUCAUUUGCCCCUCCAUUGCCCCGCCUUUCGCCCAAGCCAGCAUCAAAGGGCCAGCAAGAGAAGUAUGAAGUCGUUAUUUCCGGGGCUGGUCCCGCCGGUUUGAUGCUGAACUUGCUGCUUGCCCGGUAUGGCCUUGACGAUGACUCUCUCCUCUGUGUCGAUUCGAAACCGGGUACCCUCAAGUCUGGACAGGCGGAUGGACUUCAACCACGCACGCUCGAAGUUCUGAAGUCCCUGGGUCUCUCGGACGAGAUCUUGUGCGAAGGAUGUCAAAUGUGGGAGGUCGCCUUCUGGAACCCGUCGGAGGACAAAGACAAGAUCAUUGAGAGGACGUCAAUUGUACCGGAUGUUGCGGUUCCUUCCAGAUUCCCUCAUGAGGUUACCAUCCAUCAAGGAAGGAUUGAACGAAUCUUGGAGACGGAUUUGCUCCGAUAUUCCAAGCGAGGAGUGCAAAGGAACAGCAAGGUGGUCGACGUCCAGAUCGACGAGAACGGUGACCCCGAGUACCCCGUCGUGGCAGAGAUUGAGACCGAGGGACACCGCAGGACGGUGCGCUCGAAGUAUCUGGUAGGAGCGGAUGGAGCACAUUCGGCCGUGCGACGAAGCAUGGGUCUCAAGCUGGAAGGUGAAUCGUCAGACCAUAUCUGGGGAGUGGUCGAUCUGGUCGUGGACACCGAUUUCCCAGAUAUCCGGAGACGCUGCGCCAUCCAUUCCCCAGCGGGGUCAGUGAUGGUGAUUCCGCGUGAGCGGAUCGCAACCGGUGACUACUUGACUCGUCUCUAUGUCCAGGUGGAUGGUCUUGCGAAACCAGACAGUGAUCAGACUCCUGUUGGAGACCUUGACCGGCAGAAAGAGGAAGCAAAAGCGCGAAGAAGCCAAGUGACCCUUGAAGGUAUCUUUGAGCAAGCUGCGGAAGCCUUCAAGCCAUAUUACAUCCGCCCCAAGGGCGAGAGUGCAGUCGACUGGUGGGCUGCAUAUCAGAUCGGCCAGCGAGUUACAAACCAGUUCAGCGUGAAGGAUUCGAAGGGCGUGAACAGAGUGUUCAUUGCGGGAGAUGCCUGUCAUACACAUAGUCCGAAGGCUGGACAAGGAAUGAACGUGUCCAUGAUGGAUUCCUACAACCUCGCAUGGAAGCUUGCCUAUGCCGUCAAUGGCCUUACACCAGACUCCACUUCUGGCGACCCAGACCCUAUACUCGACACAUAUCACACAGAGCGGCACACGGUCGCUCAGCAGCUCAUUGAAUUCGACAGGGCAUUCUCUUCCAUGUUCUCUGGUAAGAUUGGUACAGCUGAAGGCGGUGUCAAAGCACUGUCCCACGAUGAGUUUCUCGAAGUCUUCAGCACUGGCAACGGCUUCACCAGCGGCUGUGGAAUUGAAUACCCUGACAACGUGACCGUUGAGAAGACUCUGACGAAGGACGUCCGGAACCCCGUCAGUGGAACGGAUUACUUAGGCGGAUGCCUCCGACCUGGAAGGAGGCUACUGAAUAUCAAGCUGAAGAGACAUGCGGACGGCUAUCGUCGUGACCUGCAAGACGACUUCCCUUCCACUGGUCGUUUCCGCCUUCUCGUACUGACAUCGGACGACCUCCUCGAUCCGCAUGGCGAGUCCGCCAAAGCUCUUUCUGCUCUCAGCACCUCCAUCAUCUCCCGCAGUCCCUCGUCCCUGAUCGAGCAGAUCGUCAUCCACCCCAAGCUUCCCCAGGCCGUUUUUGACUGGAAAGAUAUUCUUCCUGAGAUAAAACUGCACUCGGAGAUGCGAUUCUACAGCGGCUUCGCCAUCGAUGAUGCGUAUGCCACCUAUGGAAUCGAUCCCAAGAAGGGAGCCAUUGUGGCAGUCAGGCCCGAUGGUUACGUCGGUGCCAUUGCAGCAUUGGAGGAUACUGAGCGAGUGAAGAAUUACAUUGGUCGCUGCGUGAGAUUACUGUCUUAAAGCCCCAUCUGAAUUCUUUGAGCAUAUUAUGCUUUUUUGGCGUUUGCAUUGUAAAUGAUAACAUAGAAGUUACCAUAUACGUACCAUGAAUCGAUGGCCCACUAGAUGAUUGUGUCCAAUCUGAACCGGCACAAAAGCAAACAGUAUCUUGAAAUCUUUAGCAGAUCAUACUAAUCACUUGCUUGACUCUAGAUCUGGGAAGAAGUCUACCGUAUCGAUCUCCUCGUUAGACAAGGAUAUGGUUCCUAUGGAUCUAGUAAGUUCUCUUCCAUAUCAAAGGACCUGCUGCAAACGGGUGAUACAAUGGUCACCGUGCAUGCACUAGGUUUACAACAUGGGAUCUUCCUGAUCGAGACAAUUGAACUGUUUUUCUAGGACAUGUUUCGAUAUGUUUGUUCAGCUAAGCACCAGUUUUUCAUAGCCAUCUAAACAGCGGAACUUAAAAUUCCAGUACUAGAUAGUUAGUAGACU